GGGUGGACUUUUGUUGUGGCGGCGAGGAACAGGAAGCCCUGAAGGGUCAAAAGGAAUACAAAAGCAAAGGCUAUUUUCUUUUUCUGUUCUUUCUUUUUUUUAACCCCUAAAAAGUAAGCGGCGUUGGCGUUGGCGGUGGCGGUUCGGGGGUGAGCGCUACCGAGGAGAGGGUGUCCCGCCUCCCGCGCGUCGGUAGAUUCUCGGACCCCAUCCCAUCCCCGGAUAGUCUGACUGAGUAGGUCUGGAGUGGGACGCAGGAAACCAGGUGCCGGCCUGGUGGUCAGAUUUCCCAAUGACUUCUUGGGUACCAGCUGCGAGACUGAUUGUUCCAUUAUGGAUGGAGGAGAUGAUGGUAACCUUGUUAUCAAAAAGAGGUUUGUGACUGAGGCAGAACUAGAUGAACGGCGCAAGAGGAGGCAAGAAGAAUGGGAGAAAGUUCGAAAACCUGAAGAUCCAGAAGAAUGUCCAGAGGAGGUGUAUGACCCGCGGUCUCUAUAUGAAAGGCUACAGGAACAGAAAGACAGGAAGCAGCAGGAGUACGAGGAGCAGUUCAAAUUCAAAAACAUGGUAAGAGGCUUAGAUGAAGAUGAGACCAACUUCCUUGAUGAGGUUUCUCGGCAGCAGGAACUAAUAGAAAAGCAGCGAAGAGAAGAAGAACUGAAAGAACUGAAGGAAUACAGAAGUAAUCUCAACAAGGUUGGAAUUGCUCCAGAAAACAAGAAGGAAGUGGAGAAGAAAGUGGCCAUGAAACCCAUAGAUACCAAGAACAAGUUCUCCCAGGCAAAGCUGUUGGCGGGAGCUGUGAAGCAUAAGAGCUCAGAGAGUGGCAACAGUGUAAAAAGACUGAAAUCGGACCCUGACCCAGAUGACAAGAAUCAAGAAGCCUCGUCUUGCGUGGCUCUUGGAAGCACGUCCCUGAGUGGUCCCUCCAUCCACUGCCCCUCGGCUGCGGUCUGUAUCGGCAUCCUCCCAGGCCUGGGCGCCUACUCUGGGAGCAGCGACUCCGAGUCCAGCUCGGACAGCGAAGGCACCAUCAACGCCACCGGCAAGAUCGUCUCCUCCAUCUUCCGAACCAACAGCUUCCUCGAGGCCCCCUAGCUUCUGUGUCCUUAUCCAGGGAGCUCCUCCCCGAGAGUACACAGAUGGCUCACCUGCCUGCAGGCAUUGGCUCCCUCAGAAAACUUCUUUGCCUGCUUCCUGUGCACACCGGGACAUUCUAACCUCGUCUAAAAAUGUGCCGGCACCCACCUGUGUUUGGUUUCUCUUUCCACUCCGGUGCAGAUGCCCAGUCCGGCCCCUGCCUCUCUCCUCACUCAUGUGUGGGGUGGGGGUCAGGGCCCGGCAGAAACCCCCCUGAAAACGCCCUGGGAAGACAGGGCAGCUGGCUGGUACAGGGUUUGGGUUAUGUUGCUUUCUUGUGGUUUUUUGUUUUGUUUUGUUUUGUUUUGUUUCCUUUCUGAACAGCACAGGGAAGCAAGGGCCAUUCUUGGACAGGUAUUCUUUUAAACAUUCUCUCCUAGAUGAACACAUUGUUUGGUGGCACUGCAUUGUGGAGAUGCGGACGGAGAGAACUGGUCCAGGUAAUGAACUGGCGCACUCCCCUGGAACUAACCAGUUCUUGAUGUUGUGUGACUAAGAUUAAAAACUACAUCUGCA